CAACUCAGUAUUGCUGGCCACUUCCCUCGGCCUUGCUCACUAAGCAGUUAUACCCUCCGCAUAUAUAAACCUCCCUUCCGUCCUGGCGUCUCCGCCUUCGAUCGCAUCUUCCCCCUGCUCAGUGACCACUUCCUCGCAGCCUUCCUCUCCUACAGCUUCAGUGUCACGCAGCCUUUCUAUGAACCCAGUGAUGGAUAGGUACUAUUCACCCAGCACUCCUGAAUACAGAGCGCACAGUCGCAUACAAGAGGAUUAUCUCUGGGAGGACGAACAAGGCUCCUUGAAUGAGACUCUUAUCGCUCUGGGUGCCUCCUACCAGGCACUUGCGCGCUACAUCAGCGGCGCAGACAUCUAUCUCAUGCCGCGUACCCCAACGGACCUUCUCGAUAAAUUGAAGCGAUAUGCUGCCGAUGCUAUCCAUAACACUAUUGCACAGUCGCGACGACCGAUGGAAGAAGGAGGAUAUGGAAGAAUUCUAGCCCUCGCACAUCAAUCUCUUCGUUCGGUCUUGGCAACUGGCAACAACACACGCGAUUUGCUGAACCUGCAUGUGCAACAGAAUGACCCGAAGCUUCAGUCCACGACAUUAAGGGGUCGCCUUCUCGAACCAUUGUGACGAAGUAAAGAAGGUUGUGGAGAGAAGACUCCAUUCGGCUCCGACGAUUAUCAUUAUUGCGACGCGACCCUCCGUUAUCCUAUAUCCCCGCUUUUGCGCUUUGCUCUUCGCAGUUGUGCCCUUAUUCCCUUAUUGCAUGCCGAUGGAAAGAGAACCACUGGCGUGCAGCCUCCUGGCGAUUUUAAUUAUCUGCUUUUUCU